AUGGCAAAUCAGUAUGCACUUGCUCAAGGUAAUUGCUGUGGUUUCGGACCAUAUCCUAAUCCAAUAGCUAUUGUUUAUACUGAUGAUAGAGAAUGUACUAUUAUUGUUGGUUUUGGUCCUGAUAGUGCACUUGAUAUUCGAGAUAUUGUAACAGGAGAACUUGAAGUCAAGAGAUUAUUACCAGAUUGCAGAGUCAAACAAGUUUUUUUGACAUGA